GUCGUCUUCUCUCAGUGCUGCAAUGCCAUUUGCGAUCGGCGGUCCUGACGAAGCGGUCGUCGCUUACGGCAUGGGCAUCUCGGAGCCACAAAUCAUUGUCGGAGGUCGCUUGUUCUACUGGUCAUGCGUCCAAGAAGUCAAACGAAUCCGUUUAAAUGUCAUGACAAUUUCAAUCGACUCUCAAAAAGUGUAUACUCAAGAGGGCGUCCCCGUCUCACUCAUCGGAACGGCACAGGUCAAAGUUGAAUCAGCAAACCGAGACAUGCUACGACUGGCUGUCCAACACUUUUUGGGCAUGACGCAGGAGCAAAUUGCACAGGUUGCCCGCGCGACGCUGGAAGGCCAUCAGCGCGCCAUUCUCUGCACAAUGACGGUCGAAGAGAUCUACCGUGAUCGCAAAAAGUUUGAUAAGGCUGUCUUCCAUCACGCGGCAACAGACUUUGCCAAUAUGGGCCUCGCCAUCAUGUCUUACACCAUCAAGACGUGGAGCGACGAUGUUGGCUACCAACAAGCGCUUGGCAGCGCCGCAACAGCGCAGGCACAAUGCCAAGCAGCGAUCGGCGAAGCCAACGCUCACUCGGAUGGCGCCAUCAAGUCCAUUCAAGCCGACCUCACCAAGUUGCAAGCCAAGUACACAAACGAUUCUAGCGUCGCUCGGGCCGCGCGUGACUUUGAGGUGAAGCAACUCCACUACCAAGUCGAGGUGAACCAACGCCAAGCGCAGUCCGACCUCGCGUUCCAGCUGCAGUCCAUCAAGUCCUCCCAGGCCGUUCGUGAGGAACAGCUGCACAUUGAGGUCCUCACACGUGAGCGCCAGAUUCAGCUGGCCAAAGAAGAGUCCCUGCGCAAGGAGAAGGAGCUUGACGCACGAGUUAAGAAGCCCUCCCUCGCCGAAAAGUACCAAAUUGAGACGGCAGCAGAGGCGCAGAGCAAAAAGGCGCUGCUCGAAGCCGAAGCCGAGGCUGAGGCCAUUCGUGCUCGCGGCGAAGCCGAAGCCUUUGCCAUCCGGGAGAAGGCUCGCGCCGAAGCGGAGGAAAUGACCAAGAAGGCCGAGGCCUGGAAAGACUACAAAGAGGCUGCGCUGGUGGAUAUGGUCCUGCAGAUGCUGCCAAAGGUUGCUUCUGAGCUCUCUGCUCCUCUUGCUCGAGCGAAUGGUGGUAUGACCAUCGUCUCAAACAACGGACCAGCCGGUCCAGGGCUUGUGACUGCGGAGGUGCUUUCAAUGAUUGGCAAGCUGCCCGAAAUGGUUGAAACGAUUACCGGCGUGAAUGUUUCACAGACUAUCGCUGAAACCCUCAAGAACAGUAUCGUUUCGGGCGAGUCUGAUUCGCGACCAUGAACUCUUCCUUUUCCACUUUGUUGGAGCUGUGUUUCGUUUCCGAAUUUAGCAUUGAAAAUCAACAAUAAAUAAGUCAAAACAAACCAA